AUGCGGGCUGCACGGAGUUGGGCGACUUUUCUCGGCCUCUUGGCCUGCUGCCAGGCCGCGAAGCAGCCAAACAUUAUCGUUAUCCUGACCGACGACCAGGACUGGGAGAUGAAGUCGCUGGACUACAUGCCACUCCUACGGAAGCAUGUGAUCGACCAAGGAACUCUAUACGACCGGCACUACUGCACAGUAUCGAUUUGCUGCCCAAGCCGAGUGAAUCUCUGGACCGGACGAGCGGCACACAACACGAACGUAACGGACGUCGAUCCACCAUACGGCGGAUAUCCGAAGUUCGUCUACGAAGGACUCAAUGACAAUUGGCUUCCGGUCUGGCUACAGGAUCUUGGCUAUAACACGUACUAUACAGGAAAGCUCUUCAAUUCACUCGACGUUGACAACUACAACAAUCCACCAGUGAAGGGCUUCAACGGGUCUGAGUUCCUACUCGAUCCAUACACCUAUCGAUAUUUCGGAUCCGUAAUGAGCCGCAAUGGAGCUGCUCCUGUUAGCUACAAAGGCCAGUACUCGCCAGACGUGGUCGCGGAGAAGACGUAUGGUUUCCUCGAUGAAGCUGCUCAAUCAACGAAACCUUUCUUCCUCACUGCUGCACCAGUCGCUCCGCACUUCGAACUGACAAAUUCGCCCAAAGAUGGAGUCCGCCUGAACCCUCCACAAUAUGCACAGCGACAUGCGCAUCUCUUCCAGGACUACAAGAUCCCUCGCACGCCCGACUUCAAUCCCGACAUUCCCUCCGGAGUCAGCUGGAUCAAAGGCAUGCCGAAACUGAACGAUACAGUCAUCGAGUACUACGAUGAGUUCCAGCGAGCUCGACUGCGAUCACUGCAAGCCGUUGACGAAAUGGUGGAGCAGCUUGUCCAGAGGCUCGAUGCCAAAGGUCUGCUCGACAACACCUACAUCUUCUACACCACGGACAACGGCUUCCACAUUGGCCAGCAUCGCAUGCAUCCCGGAAAAGAGUGUGCGUUCGAGAGUGACGUUCACAUCCCGCUGGCGGUGCGAGGUCCGGGUGUUCCAGCUGGAAACACAGCAGGUGUCGUGAGUUCGCACACCGAUCUCACUCCCACGAUCCUGAAGUUGGCUGGAGCCAACAGAGCGGAUCUCGACGGCUCUCCCAUACCAUUGCUUGAGCACGAAUUGGCUCAACCGGAAUCUGGCGAGCAUGUAAAUGUGGAGUUCUGGGGUAGCGCACUUGGGGAAGGCAACGUGCGACGAGUUUGCGAAGCUGAUGCCUUGUCAGUGGUCUCUCUUGGUCCAAUGCGCGGCAACAACAACACCUAUAAAGCUCUUCGUCUGAUCGGAGAAGGCUACAACCUGCUGUAUACAGUCUGGUGCACUGGCGAGAAGGAGUUUUAUGACUUAACUCUGGACCCAUAUCAAAUGCAGAAUUACCUCGACGCAAAUUCAGCCGAGCUUGCCGAAAACUACGAGAUCGCCGACUGCUCGUUUGCACAACUCAUCAGCCGACUUGACGCACUGCUCAUGGUACUCAAGUCUUGCAAGGCGAAAUCAUGCCAGAAGCCAUGGAGCACGCUGCAUCCCGCCGGCGAAGUCACCUCGCUCAAAGAUGCAUUGCAUCCCAAAUUCGACGGCUUCUACGAGCAGCAGUCCAAAGUCAGCUUCUCGUCAUGUGCGAUGGGCUAUAUUAUUUCGGAAGAAGGACCGCAGGAGGUCAACGUGUGGAAUGACGGCGCUCAUGCUGAUUUAGUUUGA